CAUUGAUGCUGCUGCCUCCCUCCGUGAUGAUGUCACUGGCUCAGUGCGGCUCAGCAUCUCUGCCUUAGUCAAUCAUCAGAGCCAUUUUGCCUUUUGGAUCGAAGAGCACGCAAGCCCCAGCCCCUACGACAAACCACUGCAAAGCAGGCCCAAUAGCCCAUCUGGCUAUACCCACCCCAGGGCUGUUUCUGCCUGGGGUCAGCUUUCUAGGCUCACGGGCAUAAGGGAGGCUGUCAGCUGAGGCAGCACUGGGGCAAAAAAAGAAAAAUACACUGUGGAAAUAAGAAUACAGACUAGGAUCCAUUUAACAGAAUUGCCUACUGAAAACAAACAGGAAGAUCACACCAGGAAGGUAGCGGAGAGCUUGGUCGGCAGCGCCAUGGCAGGAGCCUCGGUGAAGGUGGCGGUGCGGGUCCGCCCCUUCAACUCACGGGAGAUCGGCAAGGACAGCAAAUGCAUCAUCCAGAUGUCGGGGAACACCACCACUAUCCUCAACCCCAAGCAGCCCAAAGAAAACAAGAGUUUCAACUUUGAUUACUCGUACUGGUCACAUACCUCGCCAGAGGACACAAACUAUGCAUCCCAGCUGCAAGUGUACAGAGACAUUGGGGAGGAGAUGCUGCUGCAUGCCUUCGAAGGCUACAACGUCUGCAUCUUUGCCUAUGGGCAGACCGGGGCUGGCAAGUCCUAUACCAUGAUGGGCAGACAGGAGAAGGACCAACAGGGCAUCAUCCCACUGAUGUGUGAAGACCUCUUCACCAAAAUCAACGACAGCAAUAACGACAACAGCAAGUCCUACUCGGUGGAGGUGAGCUACAUGGAGAUCUACUGUGAGCGCGUUCGGGACCUGCUCAACCCUAAAAACAAGGGGAACCUGCGCGUGAGGGAGCACCCGCUCAUGGGGCCCUAUGUGGAGGACCUCUCCAAGCUGGCUGUCACCUCCUACAAUGACAUCCAGGACCUGAUGGACUCCGGAAACAAAGCCAGGACGGUGGCGGCAACCAACAUGAACGAGACCAGCAGCCGCUCCCACGCCGUCUUCAAUAUCAUCUUCACGCAGAAGCGGCACGACGCCGAAACCGAUAACACCUCCGAGAAGGUUAGCAAAAUCAGCUUAGUGGAUCUGGCUGGGAGCGAAAGGGCAGACUCCACAGGAGCCAAAGGCACAAGACUGAAGGAAGGGGCAAACAUCAAUAAAUCCCUGACUACACUAGGAAAAGUUAUUUCAGCAUUGGCUGAGGUGGAUUCUGGAGGAAAUAAGAACAAGAAGAAGAAAAAGGUGGAGAGCUUUAUUCCAUACAGAGAUUCUGUGUUGACAUGGCUGCUAAGGGAGAACCUGGGGGGAAACUCCCGAACCGCUAUGGUGGCGGCCCUCAGCCCAGCUGACAUAAACUAUGACGAGACCCUCAGCACCCUCAGGUAUGCUGAUCGGGCCAAGCAGAUCCGCUGCAACGCUGUCAUCAACGAGGACCCCAACAACCGGCUGGUGCGUGAGCUCAAAGAGGAGGUGUCCCGGCUGAAGGACCUCCUCUAUGCCCAAGGCCUCGGGGACAUCAUUGAGACGUGUCGGGGGCCUGCCACUGAAAUCGCUGGUUUGAAAUACCUAUCCGAUUACAAGAACAAUAACAAUAAUCUACAAGCUGUCAGUCAAAGGGGUGAUCUCUCCACAGUGACCAAUGCCAUGACGGGUAUGAGUCCCUCCCCCUCUCUCUCCGCCCUGUCCAGCCGGGCCGGAUCCAUUAGCAAUCUUCACGACCGCAUCAUGUUUAGUCCGGGCAGCGAGGAGGCUAUCGAGCGGCUAAAGGAAACAGAAAAGAUCAUCGCCGAGCUCAAUGAGACCUGGGAGGAGAAGCUGCGACGCACGGAGGCCAUCCGGAUGGAGAGAGAGGCCCUGCUGGCGGAGAUGGGCGUUGCCAUGCGGGAGGACGGCGGCACGCUGGGCGUGUUCUCGCCAAAGAAGACCCCACAUUUGGUGAACCUGAAUGAAGACCCUCUUAUGUCAGAGUGUCUGCUCUACUACAUUAAAGAUGGAAUUACCAGGGUGGGGCGCGAGGACGCCAGUAGCCGCCAGGACAUCGUUCUGAGCGGCCAUUUCAUCAAAGACGAACACUGCACGUUCACCAGCACCAGCGGCCCGCACGAAGAAGCAGCAGUCAUCUUGGAACCCUGUGAGGGAGCAGAGACCUACGUCAACGGGAAGAGAGUGACGGAGCCCACCGUUCUCCGAUCAGGGAACCGCAUCAUCUUGGGGAAGAGCCACGUGUUCCGCUUCAACCACCCGGAGCAGGCGCGGCAGGAGCGGGAGCGCACGCCCUGCGCCGAGACCCCGGUCGAGCCCGUGGACUGGGCCUUCGCCCAGAGGGAACUGCUGGAGAAGCAGGGCAUUGACAUGAAACAGGAGAUGGAGCAGAGGCUCCAGGAACUAGAGGACCAGUACCGCAGGGAGAGAGAAGAAGCCAACAAUCUCUUAGAACAACAGAGACUGGACUAUGAGAGCAAGCUGGAGGCCCUUCAGAAGCAGGUGGAUCGUUGUUACCCAGAAAUUCCUGAGGAAGAAGAGGAACCUGAAGAGGAAGUGCAAUGGACAGACCGGGAGAUGGAGCUAGCGCUGUGGGCUUUCCGCAAGUGGAAGUGGUACCAGUUCACCUCCUUGAGAGACCUGCUGUGGGGGAACGCCAUCUUCCUGAAGGAGGCCAAUGCCAUCAGCGUGGAGCUGAAGAAGAAGGUUCAGUUCCAGUUUGUGCUGCUGACGGACACGCUGUACUCUCCUCUCCCUCCUGACCUGCUGCCUCCUGACGCAGCCAAAGACAGAGAGAAACGCCCCUUCCCCCGCACCAUCGUGGCCGUGGAGGUGCAGGACCAGAAGAACGGGGCCACUCACUACUGGACCUUGGAGAAACUCAGGCAGAGGCUGGAUCAGAUGCGGGAGAUGUACGACCGUGCAGCGGAGGUGCCCAACAGCGCCAUUGAGGACUGUGACAACGUGCUGACAGGCGGGGACCCGUUCUACGACCGGUUCCCCUGGUUCCGCCUGGUGGGCCGGGCUUUUGUCUAUCUGAGUAACCUGUUGUAUCCUGUGCCCUUGGUGCACCGGGUGGCCAUUGUCAGCGAAAAGGGCGAGGUCAAGGGCUUUCUGAGGGUUGCUGUGCAGGCCAUUUCUGGUUCCUUGUGUUAUCCUCCAGCUGAUGAGGAGGCCCCAGACUAUGGUUCUGGCGUGCGGCAAUCGGGGACAGCCAAAAUUUCUUUUGAAGACCAGCAGUUUGAGAAGUUCCAGAACGAAACCCAAGCAGGUGGCAUGUCACGCUCUGGGACGUCCCAGGAGGAGCUGCGCUUCGUGGAAGGAGAGGGGCAAAAUUCAGACAUGAGUCUCUCCGCAGAUGAAGUCAACAACAACACCUGUGCGGCCAGCCCGGAUGAACUGGACAGCCCCCUGAAGGCCAACCUGGAGGGGCCCCUGGACGGAUCUCUGGAGCACCUGAGGAUUGGCAGCAACUUCACCUUCAGGGUGACGGUUUUGCAGGCGUCCAGCAUCUCUGCCGAGUAUGCUGACAUCUUCUGCCAGUUCAACUUCAUUCACCGGCACGACGAGGCCUUCUCCACGGAGCCGCUGAAGAACACGGGCCGCGGGCCGCCGCUGGGCUUCUACCACGUGCAGAACAUUGCGGUGGAGGUGACAAAAUCCUUUGUGGAGUACAUUAAGACCCAGCCCAUCGUUUUUGAGGUGUUUGGACACUACCAAAAACAGCCUUUCCCGCCUCUCUGCAAAGAUCUCAUCAGUCCACUGCGUCCCUGCAGAAGGCAGUUCCCUCGUGUCAUGCCUCUUUCCAAACCAGUACCCGCCACCAAGCUGACGGCGCUAACCCGCCCCACCGCCGGGCCCUGCCACUGCAAGUACGACCUCAUGGUCUUCUUCGAAAUCUGCGAGCUGGAGGCCAACGGAGACUACAUUCCUGCAGUGGUGGACCACAGAGUGGGCAUGCCCUGCCACGGGACCUUCAUGCUGCACCAGGGCAUCCAGAGGAGGAUCACGGUGACCAUCGUCCACGAGACCGGCGGCGACAUUGAGUGGAAGGAGGUCAGGGAGCUGGUUGUGGGGCGCAUCCGCAGCACCCCGGAGGCCGACGAGACCAUCAUCGACCCCAACAUCCUCUCCCUCAACCUCCUCUCCGCGGGGUACAUUCGCCCCACGCAGGACGACAGACAGUUUCUUGAUUCGGAUAUGCCUAGGACCUUCUACCGCUUUGAGGCAGCCUGGGAUAGCUCCAUGCACAACUCCCUGCAGCUGAACCGCGUCACUCCGUAUGGGGAGAAAAUCUACAUGACCCUGUCUGCUUACCUGGAGAUGGAGAACUGUACCCAGCCCGCAGUGAUUACCAAAGACUUCUGCAUGGUGUUUUACUCACGAGAUGCCAAGCUGCCUGCUUCCCGUUCCAUACGCAAUCUCUUCGGCACCGGCAGCCUGAGGGCGUCGGAGAGCAACCGAGUUACUGGUGUGUACGAAGUGAGUCUGUGCCACCUGGCCGAUGCAGGAAGCCCAGGCAUGCAAAGGAGACGCAGGAGGGUCCUGGAUACGUCGGUGGCGUAUGUCCGUGGGGAGGAGAACCUAGCUGGCUGGAGGCCCCGCAGCGACAGCCUCAUCCUGGACCACCAAUGGGAGCUGGAUAAACUCAGCCUACUGCAGGAGGUGGAAAAAACAAGGCACUAUCUGCUCCUGAGGGAGAAACUGGAGACCACACUGAUGCUGGGCCAGGAGUCGCUGUCCUCUUGCGAGGAGCAGAAUGACUCCUUGCAGUCCCCUGCAGAUAACGGUGCUCCGGGUUCCAUCCCGACCCCUGAGAGCCCUAACGAACGACAGAGGGAGCUGGCUGCUAAGUGUCUGCGGCUCCUCACGCACACCUUCAACAGGGAGUACAGUCAUGUCUGCAUCAGCGCCAGCGAGAGCAAGCUGUCUGAGAUGUCUGUGACAACGCUGAGGGACUCCACCUCAGCCUCAGCCCUGAGCACCCUGACGCCCUCCUCCACGUGCCCCUCGCUGGUGGAGGGACGCUACGGCAACACCGAGCUCAGAACCCCAACCCCCCGGUCCCGCUCCAUCAGCCCAGAUCCCGACUCCUUGCAGGACGGAGACAUGAAGAAGUCUCCCAGCGGAAGCCUGAGGCCCAGCAUGAGGGUUCGCGCUUUCGUCCCUGACAUCCAGGAGAUCCGUGUCAGCCCCAUCGUGUCAAAGAAGGGGUACAUACACUUCCUUGAGCCGCAUACCAAUGGGUGGGUGAAGCGUUAUGUGGUGGUGCGUCGGCCAUACGUGUACAUCUACAACGCGGAGAAGGACAACGUGGAGAGAGCCAUCUUGAACCUGUCCUCUGCACAGGUGGAAUACAGCGAGGACCAGCAGGCUAUGCUGAAGACCCCGAACACGUUUGCUGUGUGCACCGAGCAUCGUGGGAUACUGCUUCAAGCCAGCAAUGACAAGGAAAUGCAUGACUGGCUGUAUGCUUUUAACCCUCUCCUGGCCGGAUCCAUCAGGUCAAAGCUUUCUAGGAGAAGGGCUGCACAGAUGAGGAUCUGAAACCACUGGUGAAACCCCACCCCAAGCAAGUCUUGUGAAAAAAAUUGUAUGAGAUAGAAGACAAAGACUAAUUCCUGUAUAUAGAUUACAAGACCUAACAUAUGGUCCCUGUGCUGAUCCUAUCCUCCCCCAUAACGUGCCUGUUUUUGCACAUGCUCGGUUUAUCACAACCAACCAAGACUGAACGCAAGGCCCAAUGGAGCCCAUCUUCCCAGGCUUUGCUGCUUGUGCGCUAAGUCAUCAGAACGCCCAUUGUGAGGGCAACCAGGCCCUAGCUAACUGGAAUAUUCUAAGUUGGUUGAGUAAAGAAGGGGGAGGGAUGGUGUCUGACCAGUUCCUUAUUUCUAGAGUGGUUGCUUGCAUAGCUAUCAGCAGUGCUUUGGCCAGCCCCUUUUGAGCACCACGGAGAAGUAUAAUUCACAAAACCUCACAUGUGUUGGUGGUAGUCUCAGAAAGAGGACGUUAAUAUUUUCCACAUCUGCCCAUUACAUAGCAUAAACCAGAGUAGAAACAAUUGAUGAAAUCAUACAAAAAAAAUAUAGAGCUCAGUCCACUAGGGUACACAAUGCUGAAAUAGUUCCUAGGUGCUUUUACGGCACAGAGGUCAGUAUUUCAACUCAACAUCAAGUAUUUCCACAUCAGUUCCACAGGAUCCUCAUGGUUUUAACGGAUUAGAUUGGUACAUUGUAACUGACAGAGCCUUUGGAAAGCACUCCCUCUCCACAUUCCUCUUAAUUUCUAUCACUGCUUUUUGGAUUGUGUAUGGCCCCUAUUAUUGAUAUGAUCUCCAGUGUCCUUUCUUAAGGGAAUUCUUAUGUUGUUAUUGUGCUCCAAGAUUUCAACACACUCUGGCAAUGGGAGAGAUAUUUUGGCAUUGAAAAGCAUAAAUCCUCAUGUGCACCCAAACUCCCAUAUUAAGAUUCCGUGCUGCUUUGCCCACUUUUCCUGAUAACAGUGAUGGUAGCUAACUCAGUUAAGAUACCAUAGUCAACUGCUGAUAUGUUUUUGAAAGCUUACACUACCCCUUAUAAUGAACUUAUUUGCUUAAAUCAUUUUUAUUUUGUAUGUUUUCUGACAUUUAUUUAAGUAUUUAACCACAUAUUUAUUUCUUUUAACAUUUAUUUAUUUAUUUAUUUAUUUACAAAGACUUAUUUUUAACAAAGUACAUAACAAUUUCUGCAUAUGUCACUUUUUAUCAUGUGUUUCCCUAAGGUCUUGAUUGUUUUCUUCAUUACUAAACCAAAAAAAAGUAAAAGAACACUUUUUUGGGGGAAAAAGCUGAUACAGGGAUUUUAGCUGCUAUGUAGAUUACUUGAACUAAAUUAUUAUAACAUUUAAUAUAUUAAAGAAAUAACAUUUAAACACAUCAAUUGCCUCUACUACCAGCCCUUCAGCUAACAUGUGAACAACAGGGAGAGUGUGUGAGGAAGAUGACAUGAAAUUUACACAUGAAAUCAUAAACGCUGAUGUAUCCGUAACGUUUAAAUAUAUGGAUAUUGACCUUCAGAAAUAAGAAUUCUGACUUGUGAAAUCUCUAUACCAUUGAAAUCUAUGAUAGAUUCUGGCACCGGUGACGUGCUCCAUUUGCUGGAAAAAAGGAUUCCGAGUCUAUGGUAGUUAUAAAUAACUGUGUCUGUACAUAGAUGGCAUUAGGAAGCACCUUUCUUUUAUUUGAUUACUGAGUCCCUCUAUUACCUCCUUAUGCUGCUGUAAUUCUCUCUCCUCUACCUUCGUUCAUGUUGACUACCUGUGCAUAAUUAUUAUACCAUCAUAUGAUUCAUAUCGACCACCUUCUUACCUGCAAUCAGUAUAUACAGGCAAAUAUUCAUUCAAGGAUGAUCUGUGUGUAUACUGAGUGUACAUACAGUUACUGUGACUCUAUCGAGAUAUCUAAAAUUGACAGGUAUUGAUGACACAUUUAUACUGAUAGAUACUAGUAUUACACUAGAGUUCUAUCAAUCCAUAUACACGUCCUUAUCUAAUUUCUAUGAAUUUGUCUGUCUUUUUGUCUCUCGGGCGGGUGCUUUUCUGUGAAGCUGCUCGCCUUAGCGCAAGCUCAUAGCAGGCAUAUUUGUGCUUACAGUAGCUUGGUUUUGUGACAUACCGUGUUAUGUCUUUCUUUGCAUCCCUCUUUCUGUUGAUGGAGACUUGAUGCUAGAAACUAGAAACAUUAGGUUCCCCUCAACUAAAAUGAAAGGAACAUACCUGCUGGUCUGUCUGAAAACCCCUCAGUGUAAUAGUACAUUGCAAUAUCUUGAAACAAAGGUGGUGGGUGCCAUAUCCAAGAAUUUAGAGAUAACGGUUGUAUUGUCAGUGUUGAACAAAACCAUUCUGCAUUGUAAAUGCCCAGUUAGUGGUAGCCAGGUAAUUUACAUCCACUGUGUAGAAAGUCAAAUGGGAAGCAGAACACUUUUACAGUGGUUCGUCAACAAGUACAUGUUUUUCACCUACUGAAUGUACUAAUAACAUGAUACUGUAUACCGUGUAAAAUAUAUAUGAAUAGCCAUGUCCUUUACUCUUUGGUGACCAAAAACUAAGGAAUUUGUGAGAAAAUACAUUUUUGUAAAAUUCCCAUUUAGCUGUUUAAUGUGCCCAAUGUUCAUGUAACUCUCAUAAUCCUGUUCCUUUCUUGUCAUUCUUGAGUUCUGAACACAUGAUAUUUCACACAGGAUUUUUUUCCAGGCAGUUUAGCAGAAGUGGUCAGCAACUUUAUUUGUCUAGUAGCCAAUGUUCACAUAUCGCGUUCGAUUUUGGACACCUCGCGGGUCUAAUUACAGAGCUAAACUUAAAGGAAGCAAGCUGUGAGCGGACGUACCCUUGGCUGAGCAGCUAUUGGAGUAUGGCCCACAGCCAUGUUACUUCCUGCGUGUUUUGCUAGAUACUGGAGUCAUCUGGAGAGAGCAGUUUGGUUGAGUUCCCCAGCUGCUUCUAACAGCGCUGGGUAUAAGAGUGCGCCUUAGGCCAGCCAACCUACAGUGCACACUUGGUUCAGAGAGUUCUUCUUGGAAAUGUAAGGAAGCAGAGCAUUGACAUGCAGUGAAGAAAAAAGACCCCAGUUACAUAUAAUAACCACCACCCCCCCCCCCCCCCUCAAAAAAGUGACUUAGAUUUAGGUUUAAAAUGGAUUGAAAAUCAAAGUGGGGAUCAAAUGUUUUAUCAUUUCUAUCCAACCCAGUGCUGAUAUUACUUGACGUAGCUAGUUGUGAUCUACAUACAUUGGGGAAUUUUAAACUUAUGUAGUUAAAUACAUACACAAAUAUGUAUUUCUUCAGUUUUUGGUCACAUUCUUGUACUGUACCAUAGCCUUUACUGAGCCUUCUAACUGAUACGGUAUCAGAAUGAUGCACAGAUUUAUUUACUAAUUGUCAGUUCCAAAAUUAUGUGUAUUGUGGCAUGACGUGGAUAUCAAAUUGAACAUAUAUGAAAUAAAGCAGGGUUCUUUUAUAAGAAAACAAAUAUCAGGAGUAAUUUAAAAGAAUCCAUGUAACAUUGUGAGCAGUAAUAUUGGGUGUUAAAACCAUAUCCUUGCCUAGAGUAAAAAUACUUUCUAAACUCAACCUAGUUAAAAGAGUAGAGUUUUGCAUGGUGACAGUAGCUUAUAAAAACAAUAUUGAUUCAUAUCAGACCUAUUAUCAGAUUGCCCCCAUUACCUGUCAUCUGUAAGUCUAAUUAUUAUAUUAUUUUUUAUCUGUUGAAUAAGCCUUAUUUUUAAAUGUAUGUACUUUAAGUAGACAAUCAUUUUGAGGUGUUUCUGUGUUUAGAGAGGCUUCUGUUACAGUCAUGUGACAUCAAGUACCCAUCACACUUACAAAUGUGGAUUUGCAUGAAUAAAUGUGCUAUUGGUUGAAUUCUGCAUUUUGUUUUGCUACUUUGAACUAACUAAACAACAGAAUUGCCAUUCCCUGGUGUUAAUUGUAUCUUUGUAUUAAAAUAAAAGAAAUUCAAAGUAAAAAGAAUAUGAAAUUAAAACUGUACAAAAAAUUGUACAGAAAAUUGAAUUGAAACUAGAAUAUUUGCCUCUAAAAUGGAUGAAAAAUAUAAAAGCCCUUAUUGUUUUAGAUAUUUAUUGAUAUUACUAUUUCCUUUAAUGCAAAUUGUGACGAUAAAAGGUGAAUUGCUUGCCAGGCUUCUAUAGGUAGUCAGGCCACUAGGUGGUGAUAUGCUACCUUGUGCAUGACCAUCCCUGCCCAUAGAACAAAAUAGCGAUCAAAACUUAGCUAUCAGGGCUGGGGCCUGCACACUGAAGCCCAGUGACAGGCGAAGGAGACAAAGCAGACUGGGAUUGCUUUGAAUACAUUAUCAACCGUGUAGGCUGCUAUACCUUUUAAUUUGUGUGCCUAUUUUAAAAAAAGGUCGCAAAAGGUUUUCAGUUAGGUGCACGGAAACAUUAUUUUCGAUUGUUAGAAGCUUUUAAUCUUGCCUUUUUCGGGUACUGUUGUAUAUUUUAAUUUUGUGAAACGUACCCGUAAUUUACAACUUGUAAUUCAUUUGAGCAAAUUAAAAUACUGUAGGUGUAGUGUAAAACCGAAUUUCAGUGUCUAAUGUGUGCAUUUAAUGUUGAUGUCUCUCCACUGUAUUUCUGUUAAGCAAAGGUGCUCGAUUCUUACAACACUUUUAUUGAAUCAUAGCCCACAUUCUCAGAAACUGAAGUUAACAGCCUUAAUAUAGAAACUAAAUAAGCAUGAAUUUCCCAAAUAAAAACUAAAUAAACUGACACAGAGAACUUUAUUGUCCAAUAAGUUAAACUGGAAAUUUAAUUCUAAAAUAGUAUAGAAAUAACAACUAAUGGAAUAGACAAAGCUAUAAGAACCUUGCUUCACAGACAAUUAUAUAUAGCCUAGGUUUGGCAUGAUCAGUGCAUUGAAUAAAACGAGACAGCCAUUCAGAGGGUUUCUAAUGGACAAGAAGUACUUAUUUCUGCCUGUUCCCAUUUGAAUGUGUCGUUUCACACAUCCAGCAUAUUUAGACGUAAGACAAUGUCACUGUAAGAAAAUUCUCCCUUCACAGACAACAUCUACCAUCAUUAUCUGCACUCCCCACCACAUACCUUCAAGCAGCACUUUUUAAGCUAUGAAAUUAUUUUGUGAUUAUUAUUUCUGUGCUUCCAUAUCUAAAUUGAACCCAAGGUUUCCUACUCCUCAGUUCACAAUAUUUUCAUCUUCUCCAAUUAGUUUUUCUCUGUAUAUAAACAUGAUUGCUGUGGACGGUGUAUUAUACAGCUGUAUCCCGUUUGUACCAUCCUGAAUGGGCAGUAGAUUAAUAAAUGUCUCAAACUAUUUGAGUGUUGGAGUUAAAAGAGUCAGUUGUUUGUGUAAACUUAACACAUUGUCAGAUGUUAAAUAAACGUUAAACUUAUGCAACACUG